CUGUCUUCUAUUUAUUGUCCUCCGCCUCUGCGGUGCGGAUUCACAUCGAUUCUUGUUCCUGAGAGUGAGAGCAACAUUGGUGGGAGGCAACGGAGAAGCAGCGAUGGGUGAGAAGGAGAACAAGAAUGAGGGCAAGAAGAAGAACGGCGAUAAGAAGGCCGAGGGUGGGAAGAAGGACGAUGGUACGAUUACCGUGGUUUUGAAGGUUGAUAUGCACUGUGAAGGUUGUGCAAUGAAAGUCAAGAAAUCUGUCAAGGGUUUCGAAGGUGUUGAAGACGUGAAGGGAGACUUCAACAGCAACAAGCUAACCGUAAUAGGGAAGGUAGAUCCAGUGAAACUUCGAGAGAGAGUAGAACAGAAGACGAAGAAGAAGGUGGAGCUCAUCUCCCCGAUACCCAAGAAGGGAGAUAAGAAGGCAGAAGAUAAGAAGGAAGAGAAGAACGAGAAGAAAAAGGAAGAGGGGAAGAGCAAAGAGCCACCUGUGACGACAGUUGUUCUGAAGAUCAGAUUGCACUGUGAAGGAUGCAUCCAGAAAAUACGACGUAUCACCUCCAAGUACAAAGGGGUUCAAACUGUGGGAAUCGACUUGGCAAAGGACCUGGUAACAGUGAAGGGGACGAUGGACGUGAAAGCCAUGACACCUUACCUAAAAGAGAAGCUUAAAAGAAGCGUAGACGUUGUUCCGGCGAAAAAAGAUGAUGGAGGCGGUAAAGACAAGGAGGGCGGCGGGAAGAAGAAAGAGGGUGGCGGAGAAGGGGAGAAGAAAGAGAAGGGUGGAGGAGGCGAGAAGAAAGAGGGUGACGGCAAAGGUGCCGGAGGCGGAGGGAAGAAGGAGGAUGCUGGGAAACCGGUGGCCGAAAACAGGAUGGACUAUUACGGCCCCAACUAUGUGGUGGACUACGUUUACCCGCCGCAGCUUUUCAGCGACGAAAAUCCGAAUGCCUGCUCCAUAAUGUAAGAACCAAAGAAGAAAGCAAAGCCUGGUAAAACUAAAAAGCUAAGAGAGGGAGAGAGAUAACUUGAAAAAAAAAAGCGAUGUAAAUAAAAGAUAUAUUAUAUAUACGGGAGGAAGAGUACAUAUACUAGAGAAGGGGAUCGAUGGAAACGGCUUUUGCUGUUGGAGAUGUUUAUAGGUUUACCCGGGCCGGAGUCGGUCGGGUUCUCGGUAGUUCGUAGCUUUUGGUUCGUCCUCUGUAUUUUCCAAUUGCUUAUUUAGUUUUGGUUAAUUCAAUUUUGUUUUGUGAA